AUGCGUAUGAUAAAUAUGUUUCUUUUAUAUUUUGGUUUAUUAGCGCGUAUUUAUACAGGGUGCGGUGACCCGUUUACAACCUAUGCUAAUGGAAUCAGCGAAGGUGGUCAGGAGGAUCCAAGUGAUACUUGCUACAAACAAGUGUACACCGUGUCUGGUAUAACAGAGAUAACAAGAGGCGUGUUUUCUGGCGGAUGUGACACAACAUAUGCUAAAACUGGUUAUAAUAUUACCUAUAACAGUAUAUUUGGUACUAUAUACUGUUGUAAUUCAAGUCUAUGUAAUACAUCGGUUAGACCGAUCACAAGAUCCGUACCGA